AUGGUGUCCGUGAACGACAUAUUCAAUCGCCCGCCGACUAUAUCAGAGGAUGCUCUCCAAUACACCCUCUACUUGCCGCCAGACCAGUCCGACCGCGUCUCGGCUACCGCACUCGCUGCGCUCUUGUCAGAACAAGUCCAGUCUUUGCUCCCUGAACAUCUAUGGCACCGCGAUACCUUUGAACUCAAGGUCGCGCAAGAUUCAGAAGGACAGAAGGACGUCUGGGUUCUUGAGGGCCGGAUGCGCGUCGGCGAUUGCAUAGACGACGAGUGGUGUACUGUCUGGCUCCUACGAGAGCUCAGCAGCAAAUGGGAUAUAGUGAUCAGUGUGUACGACUCGGACGGCGAGUUUCUGCUCAUAGAAGCGGCGGAAGAGUUGCCGUCGUGGGUGACUCCCACCAAUGCUGAGAAUAGGGUCUGGAUCCAUAGCUCCCGCCUACACCUCGUUCCGCUCUCACAUGUCUCUCCGCCAUCUAGCAAAACGCGCCGAAAGUAUGUCCCGUACGGAGACGAUGAUACUGAGAACCAGAUGGAUGAGAGCGAGGAGAACCACGACUUCAUCACUGCUGCAGAUGCCGUCAAACUGGUGCGCGACCCAUUGGUGGAUACCUUGGCGCCGCAGAAUGUGCAAGACGUCGUAUGGAAACGCAUAUCUGGAUACCCUGCCGCUUCCCGCCAGCAUGUACAUGUGACGAAAGCGUACCUACCUGUGGAUGUGGCCAGAGCUCUCGCCGUCAAUCCGGCUCUGGUUCAGAAAGCUGUCGAAACCUUCUAUACCCGCGAUGCCCUGCAGCUCCGCGCUGCACAGAAGAUGUCUCGUUCUCCGCCGGAGCCGGCGACGCUUUCCACUGUCAAGAUGACCCGGACAGCGUAUGCGCAACUUCUUGGCCAGAAGUUUCAUCCUCCCAAGGUAUUUGGUAGAUGGGAAGAGAGGGAGGGGACGAAGGAAUGGCGGUGGAGGGACGUUGGGAUGAAAAUCGCGUGCGGUUUUGAGAUGCUCUAUCAGGAGAGCAAGAAUCGGAAGGAGACGACUUCUGUCAAUUUCGAUGGUUCUCCGGUAUCGCUACAAGCUCUCAAAGAUAGCCUGCGCCGAAACCCAGAGUACAUGCAGUACAUCCGCCACUUGAUCUCCGUAGGGUAUUUUAGAGGCGAGCUUGAAGGUUCCCAACUGUGGACGACGCUUGAGGACAAAGCGGCGGCCUCGUUUGUCGCCGCUCGGAAGGAUGACGAUGCCUCCCGACCGUCGUUCGCGACUGCGAUCCAAGCAGCCAUCAGUCAGUACACUGACGGUCGCGCGCUGCCUCAGCAAGAGGAAGACCCUGACGACUGGCUGAAUGUCGAUGCCGCCGACUUCGACGCCAUGCUCGAGAAAACGAUGCGCGGCGACAAGGGCGAAGGGAAAGAGAGGGCAUCCAACGCAAUGGAUAUCGACAGGCAGGAGGACGAAGAAGAUCGCAUCGCGAACAUGCAAGCCACCCGCUUGCGCGAUCUCGCCCAGAAGGUCGAGAACUUCGUCGAGGGCCAGGGUGAUGUCGAAGGUGCACGGUUUGCGGACGAAACGUUCUCCGAAGACGAGGAUAGCGACCACGGGGACGACGAUCCGGAAGAGGAGGACCUCGACACGGACGAAGACGCCCCUCUCCCCACGCCAUUAACCUCUGGCCUCUCGUCGGAGAAGCUGGCCGAACGCAAGGCAGCGAUGGACAAACUUGUGCCGGGGAUCGAACCCUCUGAGUAUGGCAAAAUGCCGUCAUCCUACUAUACUAACUCCCAGAGGAUCGCGCCUGUGACAAUGGAGACAGAAAUCCGAGAGGAAAUUCUCACCGGCACUCCGGCAGAUACCAACUCUCGCGUUCGCUCACACGCCAUCCGAGCGCCGCUAUUGCCCCGGGAUCGUUUCGACGGAGUUGACUCCGACGAUGAAUCGGAGGAAGAAGAUCCCGCAGCCGACGAGGAGGAUGAAGAACAUCCGCAAGUAGUCGGUGAUGUAGAAAUUGACAUGGGAGAAGAAGAAGAAGAAUUUAUCGAGUUUGCACGACAAGCUCUGGGCGUUGACGACGAACAUUGGAGGAAUAUACUGCAGGACAGGCGGGAUCGGGGUGCCUUCGUUCCUACGCAUGUCGUCUCAGAAUCAGGCACUCAGCGCCCACCUGUUCCUCAGGUGCCGGUACCGGCUCACACGACAUCAGACUCUCCAACUGGAGGCAAGACCCUGGCCUCUUUCGACGAGGUUAUGAAGGCUAUGGACGCCGAACUCGAACGUGCCCGGAGAUCACGUUCUCAGGACCAAGGCCAUCACACCUCGGAUUCCAAGGGUAAGGGAAAGGAGAGCAGCAUGGACAUCGAAGCCGCCAUGGAGGCAGAGCUUCAAGAAUUACUGGCGAGAGAGCAUAUUGAGACGGAAGAGCACGAGGACGACACCAGAGGCGGUACGGACUAUCACCUAAUCAAGAACUUCCUGGAAAGCUUCAAAAGCCAGGCUGGUCUAUCGGGUCCCGUGAGCAACCUUGUUGGUCGGCUCGAGCAAGGCUGGACUCUUCCAAGAGACGAGCACUGAGAAUGAGGUGUCCACACCGUCGUCUGCUGUGGCCGAGGUUCGAUGAC